UGUCGAUGUCCCAAUAUUUCUGGACCUGACUGUAUCUAUUGGGUUAGAAACUUUUGUCUGAUGAGAUUCUAUUAGGUAUAACCAAAUAAAGAACUGGACUUGAUUGGAUCUCAUGUCAGACUUGGUCUUGAGUCUGAUACAGGCAGGCCCUAAGAACGACAUGUGGAGUUACAUCUGAGUAGUUUUCUUUAUUGUAUCUUAUCUGUAGACAGACUCUUACUAGACUAAAGCAAGCAUUUGCAGAAUUUCAGAGAUUUUCUAGUAAUUGCUAUGGAGAAACAGUUUUAAUCAUCUUCUUGCUGACCAAAUAUUCCAAGCUCCACUGCCUCUUUGCUCUCUGGGAUGCAGCUCCUCCCUCUUGGGAAUCUAGAAUACAUUCCACUACAAGCACAGAGUUAUGAUGGCAGUAAAUAAAAUGAACUAAUUUACUUCCUUACUUACUUACUUACUUCGUCCCUCCCUCCCUCUCUCCUUCCAUCCUUAUCUAUAGCUGUCCAACUCAACCAAGUGUCUUUAGGUUCCUUACAAUUCUAAAAUUAUAGAACAAUCAAAUUAAAAAUCAAACAAUUAAAACAACCAGAAAAUAUAUACAACAGCCAGGAUAAUUAACCAUAGUAAAACCAAGAGACAGUGUGAUUAACACAUUCAGAGCUUUAGACUUGGAUACAUGACCAAGUUUUUAAGCCUUGCAAAAGGCCAACAGGAUUGGGUCCAUUCUAAUUUCCAUGGGGAGAGUAUUCCACAAGACAGAGUCUAUAACGGAGUUCCUGCCAGUCAGCACUCAUUGGCUGAUGAGAUCUGCAGCAUGCCCAGUCUGUUGAAUCGAAUUGUGCUGGUAGAGAUUCUUGGAAAACGAAAGUCCCUCAGUUUAGAUGCUAAAGCCACCAACAUCCAGCUGACAAUUAAAGAUGGUGGUUUGAAACUUAUUCAGGUACAAGAUAAUGGUUCUGGAAUUAGGAAGGAAGACUUGGAUAUUGUGUGUGAAAGAUUCACUACAAGUAAACUGCAAACUUUCGAUGAUUUAACUAGUAUUUCUACAUAUGGAUUUAGAGGUGAGGCAUUGGCUAGUAUAAGUCAUAUUGCUCAUAUUACUAUAACUUCUAAAACAUCUGAUGGAAAAUGUGCCUACAGGGCAAAUUACUCUGAUGGAAAACUGAAGAAUGUUCCAAAACCUUGUGCAGGAAACCAAGGAACUCAAAUCACAGUUGAAGAUCUAUUUUACAAUAUAGCCACCAGGAGAAAAGCUUUUACAAAUUCUUGUGAAGAAUAUGCAAAAAUACUGGAUGUUGUCAGCAGGUAUGCCAUUCACAACUCUGGAAUCAGUUUUUCUGUUAAAAAGCAAGGCGAGACAGUUGCAGAUGUAAGAACACUAUCAAGUAAUACAACUAUCGACAAUAUUCGGUCCGUCUUUGGAAAUGCUGUUAGCAGAGAAUUGAUUGAAGUGGGCUGUGAAGAUGCAACAUUGGCUUUUAAAAUGAAAGGUUUGGUAACGAAUGCAAAUUAUUCCAUGAAGAAGUGCAUCUUUUUAUUUUUUGUAAAUCAUCGAUUGGUAGAGUCAAUUGCCUUGCGCAGAGCGAUAGAGACUAUAUAUGCUGCUUAUUUACCCAAAAGCAUGUAUCCAUUUUUAUAUAUAAGUCUUGAGAUUGCACCUCGGAAUGUGGAUGUGAAUGUGCAUCCUACAAAGCAUGAAGUUCAUUUCCUCCAUGAAGAUAGCAUCCUGGAGCAUGUACAACAACAUAUAGAGAGCAAAUUGUUAGGUUCCAAUUCAUCAAGGAUGUAUUUCACUCAAACAUUGUUACCAGCGAUAACCGCCCCUUCCACUGAAGUUGUUAAAUCACUGAAAUCUUCAGCUACUCAAGGAAGUGAGCAGAUUUAUGCUCAUCAGAUGAUCCGCACUGACAAACGGGACCAAAAAUUGGAUGCUUUUCUUCAACCAGUUAAUAAAACUAAGAAUGCAGGGCUUGUUGUGGCAGAACCGGAGGACAGUAGAAACAUGCAAAGUUGCAAGGCUAUUGGAGUACAAGAUCUUGAAAUGGAAGAAUGUGGUGAUUUGAAUUCAAGUGUUUCAAGAGCUGAAGAGACACCAAAAGGAUCAAUGGAAAGCCAAUCAAUGUCUAUUGAGGCAGUACCUGAAAGAAAGAGGCAGCGAACAGAUCAUGGUCUUGAAAUGGAAAAAAAUCCACAACAGGAAAUGGCUGCUGCCUGCACUCCAAGAAGAAGGAUUAUUAAUCUAACCAGUGUAUUGACUCUUCAAAAAGAAAUUAAUAAAAGAGCAAAUGCAAGUCUUCAAGAGCUGCUUCGUGAUCAUUCCUUUGUUGGAUGUGUUAGUCCUCAAUGGGCAUUGAUUCAGUAUCAGACAAAACUCUAUCUUCUGAAUACCACAAAACUCAGUCAAGAAAUGUUCUAUCAGAUCCUUAUUUAUGACUUUGGAAACUUUGGAGUUUUAAGAUUAUCAGAAGCAGCUCCUCUCUUUGAUCUGGCUAUGUUGGCCUUGGAGAAUGCUGAAAGUGGUUGGACAGAAGAAGAUGGUCCAAAGGAAGGCCUUGCUGAAUAUAUUGUUGACUUCCUAUCAAAGAAGAGUGAAAUGCUAAAAGACUAUUUCUCCCUUGAAAUUGAUGAAGGAAAUCUUAUCGGAUUGCCGCUUCUGAUAGAUAAUUAUGUUCCUCCACUGGAAGGGCUACCUAUGUUUAUCCUUCGUUUGGCCACAGAGGUAAACUGGGAUGAAGAAAAGCAAUGUUUUGAUAGUCUUAGUAAAGAAUGUGCCAUGUUCUACUCUAUUAGAAAACAGUAUAUAAUGGAAGAUUCUGAUCUCACUUUUCAACAGGUUGAAGAACCUGGAAAAUGUGUGAGAUCGUGGAAAUGGACAGUGGAACAUAUACUCUACAAAGCUUUUCGGUCAUACCUUUUACCACCUACAAAUUUUAGAGAAGAUGGCAAUGUUUUACAACUUGCUAAUCUACCUGAUUUGUACAAAGUUUUUGAGCGAUGCUAAAUACAAAUAUUUAAUCUAGAAUUA